UGGAAAGGUGAGUGCGGCCUCCUCCACUGCAGCGGGCUCACCUGGCUGCCCCCAGCGCUGGAAUCCGCCUCUGGGAACGGCUCACCCAUCAGUUUGACCUGCCAGGACUCCUGAGAUGAGCAAUGAGUGGAAGGGAUCUUCGAAUGUUCAUCACAAAUCACAGAGCAGAUGAUGCAGAGAAACUGGUUAUAAGAAUGAAAUAUGGCCUUGGAAGUCAAAAGUAUAAGCCAGUUGACUAUGAACAACUUAAGGCUCUUGCUGAAGCCAAAAGGGUGGCAUGUCUUCACACUGAUCUUAAGAUUCAGAAAAUCUUGCAAGCAGGAAAAUUAAACAAAGAACAUACUUUGAUUAAUCAACAUCAGCGGGUAUGGUGGGAGGAGCAUCCAAGACUGAUGGAAGUAAGGAAAAAGAUAGAAUCACAACUUCAGCAAUUACUUGAAGAUGGGAACACUGAAAAUGUAUUCUAUUUCGAAAUGAAAGAAUAUGGUGCAAUGUUGCAAAGAGACCAAGAAGCUUUUAGAACAGCUACAGUGGAUCCAAUCUUGCAAUUGAAAAAAGACUUGAAACAAAGGCUGAUUGAAAUACAGCAUUGUUACCAGGGUGAUGGACUUAAUUCCUGCCAGAUACAGCAGCAGGUGGAAUCUGUAAGAACCCAACAGAAAAUGAUAACAGACAUGCUUGAACAAGAGAGAAGCAUCUUGGAAGAACAGAUCAAAAAUAUUGAAUUUGAGGAAGAAAUCUCUCCUCAUCUUGAUGAAAUUCCAGAGGAUGUGCACUACUUGGAAUGUCCAUAUCUCAACUUGAAGGCCUCUGUUCUGCAAGAGUUCCAGAACCUGAAUGCAAAAUACAAAUCUCAGCUAGAGGAAAUCAAUCACCAACUUAAAUUUAUGGACAGGAAUUGUGGUUGGAGUGAAGAAGAUCAUUGGACAUUUCUAGUUAUUGUGGAUUUGUACUCUCAUGAGGCACAGAAUCGAAAUAUGCUCUACAUGGAUAUGCUGUUGAGGUUGUUGCCACACAAGUCCAGGCAAGAACUGAUUGAUCACUGGAGAUUAUGGGAUGGAUUUCAAUUUAAGAAAGAGCACCGGAAAGUUCUGAUUCAGAGUUGGACCCGUGACAAGAAAGACUUGCUUAUGAAGACAGUGAUGAUAUUUGCUGAAGCUUGUAUUGCUCAUGAGACUGACGUAUUGCUGGCAAAUGACAGACGGAAACAGCAGGAAAUCUGUGCUGAAUUAAACUACAAGGUUCAGGAAAUGCGUGCACAUCAAGAGGAAAUGGCUAGACUGGAAGCAGCUAUUGCUGCACAGAAGAGAGAAAGAGAAUUGGAACAGGAGAGGAAGGAAAGAGAAAAGGAAAUGUGCCGUAGAACCAUGGAUAAAGAAAAAAUAAAGCAGUUCUGUGCUGAAAAGCAACGUAAGAGGGAAGAAUUAGAACAAAAACAUCAGCAGCGACUUAGAGAAUUGAAAAAUGAAAUGGCAGAGCAAGCUAAAAGGGACAGAGAGCGUGUGAAGCACCGACAGGAAUUGUUACAGAAACGUCGUCAAGAAAGAAAAGCACUAAUUUUGCAGCAAAUGCAAGAGGAAGAAGAAAGGCAAAAAGUACUUGAUGCUUACUGGCAGAAGUUUUCUGUCACUGCUCAGUUUGAUCCUGUCAGGAUGAUGGGUGACACAGAAGCAUCGAAAGCCCGAACUGGAACUGGAACACAAGAAGAAUUCUUGCUCCAAAAACCUUUAUUUCAUUUGUGCACAUACACAGAUAAACAGGUGGUGGCUGAUCCUCGUGUCCGAAUUGAACAAGCAUUACGAGAAGCAGGACUUCACAAUACCUUUUAUGCACGGGAGGUUUUAUCAAAGAUUCCUCCAACAAGGCCGCCAAGGAGAGAUAUGGAGUCUACUCUUUUUAAAGACUGAAUUUAUUUGAGAGAUUGGCAAUCGGACAUAUACCAUUCUCUCAACAUCAUGGCACAUCUCUGACUCACUUAGAGUUCUCCACUUCAGUAUUAAAGUUUGUAAUGCAUUGACUUUUUACAUUGUACGGUAGCUGCUGGACGCUUGUGUACAGUGACAAACACCCAUCUCAUGCAUCAGAACAGGGUGCAUUUCAGGACACUUAGCUUGCUAUUUGGAGUUUAUUCACAUUGUAACUCCUUGGAUGUUCACAAUUUCUCUUCCUUCCUUUGCCUUGCACUUUGCUCCCUCAUUCAAAGCUUACAGGCUCACAAUAUGCUAUCUUCUAGUGGAGACACAAAGCCAGGCAGCCUGUCAUGUUUGUCAACAAUAAAAAACUAAGGCAGUGGACAUGUACUGUACCACACUGCUAUUUCAAUGUCAUACCUGCAGCAUGUGCCAGCAGCCUACACAACAAACACACAGUGUGCUUCAACCAAAUGCCCAUAUCUCAAAGCCUAAGAUAUGUCCUCCUCCAAGUCAAUGGGAACUGCUUCCAGUUAGUGGAUACUGGUACAGUAAGUCAAAAGCUGAUACCAUCCAAUAUCAAUCCAAGGGUUUGGACACAGUCAGUGUUUGGGAUGAUCAGAGUUAGGAUGUUCAUAUCACUACAGUCCUGGGAGUGAGCGUCAGUCACUCAUAUAGUGGUAAGUCAUUCAGGGGUCUAGCCAUCCAUCAGUCAGAGCAGUAAGGGCAUUGGUCAUGUUUUCUGCAGGGUAUUUUAACUUCUUUAACUCUUAGUGAUUAGAAGCCAGCACUGAGGUGGGAAUGCUGGAGAAGUCAUUUUGUGAAGACUGAAGGCAGCAUGCUGACUGAAACUCAACAUCUUGGGGUGCAAGACAACAAAGCAAUGGGAAGGCAAGGGACAUUGUGGGGAGAGGGGUGUCAUCGAUGAUCAUUGCCACCCUGACUUGUGGAGACAGUGUUUUAUAUACCACCGAAUGCCUGUGGCUUUGGGAGUAAAGUGUGAAGGUAACCAGAUAAGUAAGAGUUGGUUGGGAAAAUAGGGAAGAUCAAAGCUGAUAGAGCUGACAAGGAGGGCAAAUCAAAAAGUAGCAUGAAUGUUUGGGAGAUCACCGAGAUUGAGAGGCUAAGCUUGUGACUUACUCUGAGAAACAAAACACAGAAAUUGCUGGAAAGUUCAGCAGGUCUGGCUGGCAGCAUCUACCGCAGAUUCAGUUGCCAUCAGUUCUGAGGAAGGGUCACUGAACCCGAAAUGUUAACUCUGAUUUCUCUCCACAGGUGCUACUGGACCCACUUAGCUUUUCCAGCAAUUUCUGUUUUUGUUUCUGAUCUCCGGUAUCCACUGUUCUUUCAUUUUUUACUUAAUCCUUGAGGUUUACCUGUGUUACGUUCCAUCCACAUUCAAAUUGCAAAUGUGCAUUGAAGUGGAAAACAAUUGCCACCACACUCGAAGUAUGUGGAGUGCAUGAAGUUCCCCUCAGAACGAGCUCUACUUGUAAACAAUGUGAGGCCCUUAAAGGGAUGAUAAUAUUAAACAGAGGCUAGUAAAGUACAGGUUAAAAAUUUAUGUUGCCAUACAGUUUUGUGUAUGGACCAACGGUU